AUGUUCAGAGUGCAAAAACAUACGCAUCUAAGGGUCGCUCUCAAAAAGCUGAGCGCGAAAACAGUAACUAGGACGUAUUAUGAAAAUACAACUGUGUUUGGGCAUCGUGUCGCACGGCCUUAUAUCCUUCCGGACUAUACUCCAGAGCAACUGAAAAAUCGAGCUGAAAAUGCCCCGUUGUUGCGAUUCGUCGACUCCGUGCGGAUGCAUGGCCAUCGAGCUGCGUCGAUCGACCCACUGGAUCUAAUGGAGAGGGAAGAAGUUGCUGCUCUAGAUCCAACACGCUAUGGCCUGACAGAUCGUGACAAGCUGUACGAUAUAAAUGGCAUAGUUUGGCUGAAUAGCGUGGAGGAGCGCACUGCUGGAAAGGUUGAAACGCUCCUCUCACUCUCAGAGAUUGACCAGCAUUUACGCUCUGUGUAUGUUGGUCGGAUCGCGUUUGAGUACAUGCACUCUCCGAUCAAGAAUGAGCGUCUAUGGUGGUCUCACCUUCUUGAAUCAGCCAAAGAGCCUCAACUGUUGAGCCAUGAUGAGAAGAGCAGAAUAUGGAAUCUCAUGAUGCAUAGCGAAGUAUUCGAUAGGUUUCUACAGGCCAAGUUCCCCAAUUUAAAACGUUAUGGUUUGGAAGGAGCAGAGUCUAUGCUUCCCACUUUGGAUUCGCUCUUUCAGGCAGCUUCUCGAGCCGGCGUAGAGAACAUUGUACUUUGCAUGCCACAUCGAGGACGCCUUUCGCUGCUUACCGACCUGUUGCAAUACCCGCCAACCGCAUUAUUCUAUAAGAUACGCGGAAACUCGGAGAUACCCCAAGGUAUUGACGCGACAGGGGAUGUGAUCAGUCACAUAGCUGCUUCACCGACUUUGUCAUACGACGGAAAGGAUAUUCAUGUAUCAUUACUCCACAAUCCAUCCCAUUUGGAGGCGGUGAAUCCAAUUGCACUUGGAAAAACAAGAGCGAAGCAACUCUCACUGGUUAAGGAUGCAGACCCUGAUUGCAAAUUAGGAGACAAAGUGAUUUGUAUUCAACUGCAUGGCGAUGCUGCAUUCACGGGACAGGGAGUUCUUAUGGAGGGAUUUGGAAUGAGCAACCUUCCACACUACACAAGUGGAGGCAGCGUACAUGUGGUAGUGAACAUUGGUUAUACGACGCCGGCGUCCAGUGCUCGGUCCUCACUCUAUUGCUCCGAUAUUGGGAAGAUGAUUAACGCACCUGUCCUACACGUCAACGGUGAUCACCCAGAAGACGUGGUGAGGGCAGUUCAGAUAGCUUUCAGCUACCGUAACUUCUUCCGCAAGGACGUGAUCAUCGAUUUGAUCACUUAUCGAAGAUGGGGACACAACGAACUUGAUGAGCCUUCGUUCACUCAGCCCAAGAUGUAUCAUAAGAUCAGAAGCCGGAAAAGUGUGACACAGCUUUAUGAAGACAGACUCAUCUCGGAAGGAGCGCUUUCAGAGCAAGAUGCAGCUAGCGGAAGAGCUAUGUAUCGCAAACAUCUUGAUGAUCAGUUAAAAGCUACAGAUACAUUUUCCCCAACAGUAGAGAAACCAAGCACCCGCUGGGCCUCAUACACGUGGCCCGGAAGCAAGGAGGGUCUUUCUGGGAAAAAUCCAGAAACGGGAGUCCAGCUAGAGACUUUGCGGAGCGUUGGACUCGCCAGCGUGCAAGUCCCUCCUGGAUUUGAAAUCCAUCCCCGAUUGCAGAGGCAUGUUCAGUCCCGGAUAAAUAGCCUUGAAACUGGUGCUCAGAUUGAUUGGGGGACUGCUGAGGCUAUGGCCUGGGGGUCCCUGUUACUGGAUGGGUAUGACGUGCGAAUCAGUGGGCAAGAUGUAGGUCGGGGCACUUUCAGUCAUAGGCACGCUAUGUUGGUGAACCAGCGAACCGAAGAAGUCUUCGUUCCCCUCAACGUGUUAUCCCCUGAUCACAAGCUUGAACUUGCGAACAGCUCUUUGAGCGAGAUGGCCAUUCUAGGUUUUGAAUAUGGAAUGAGCUGGGAGAACCCCGACCUACUAACGAUAUGGGAGGCUCAGUUUGGGGAUUUCUUGAACGGCUCACAAGUCAUCAUUGAUACAUUUGUCUCUUCAGCUCAGACCAAAUGGUUGCGUCAGAGUGGCCUAGUGAUCUUGCUCCCGCAUGGCUUAGACGGGGCCGGACCAGAACAUUCUUCUGCUCGUAUUGAGAGGAUGUUGCAGCUCACCAAUGAUCCAUAUGAGUACCAUGAGGGUAUUCGAGACGUCAACCUCCACGUCACAAACCCUACUACACCUGCUCAGUACUUCCAUCUUCUUCGCCGUCAAAUGCUCCGAAAUCAUCGGAAGCCUUUGGUUGUCGCCUCUCCAAAGGGCCUAUUGCGCUCACCCGUUUCAGCUUCCUCUAUCGAUGAGUUUGGGCCUGGAAGCAAGUUCAAACCCGUCCUUGUGAGACCAGCGCCUGGGCAACUACAAAAGAUAAUCCUACUGUCCGGGAAAGUCUAUUAUGACGUGAUGAAAGAGAUCGAACAACGUGGUUCGCAAGGAAUCGCGGUUGUGCGACUGGAAGAGAUCUCGCCGUUCCCAUUCUCGAGUCUUAAGGAGAGUUUGGAAUCUGUUGUCCGGCACGCGGAUCCCUUGCCCGAAAUCCUAUGGGUGCAGGAAGAAGCCCGGAACCAAGGAGCGUAUAGCUAUGUGGCUCCCAGAUUGACAUCUCUAUGGGAUGCGCUGAACUGGAAAGACAUUAACCUCUGCUAUGUUGGCCGUCUUGAAUCCGAGGUUCCAGCUGUCGGUGCUGCCGUGCUUCAUGAACGGGAUAAACGGCAAUUUUUGGACCUUGUCACCACAAAAUAA